AUGCAAAACGAUAAUAUAUAUAGAACAAGUUCCAUUCAAGCAUUAACAAUAACCAACAAAAAUUUAAACUUGAAUUCAUCUGUGCAGCCUAAUAAUGAACAAUUAGAAUUACCACUUUUAUAUACAUUUCUCUUAUUACAGAACCCAAGUAAUUUAAUUAAUCUAGUUGAGCAAAACUCUCAAUUAGGAUUACCAUCUUCAUAUUUAUUUUCCUUAUUACAAAAUAAUUUAAUUAAUCCAGCUAAACAAAACUCUAAUAGUGCUAUUAACAUAUCCGAACCUUCUUUUUCAUCAAAUACAAUACCAGUAUCUAGUAUCUCUGAUAGUGAUAUUAAUAUACCUGAAUCCUCUUCUUCAUCAAUUGCAAUGCUAGUAUUUGGCAUCUCUGAUAGUGUUAUUGCAAAUACUGUAUUUGGUAUCUCUGAUAGUGUUAUUGAAAUGCCAGCAUCUGCAAAUAUGAUGGUUAAAUACGAAGACAUUGUUGUUAUUGAUGUGAAUAUCAGGGCCAGUAUCGAGGUAAAAAGAAGGCAAUUGUUGAAGAGCAGUGCAAUACAUGUUCCAAAUAUUGUGGAUGCCCAUGAUCCGAUUGCUAAUAAAUUUAAUAUUACAAACCGAACAUUCACUGAGCCAAUGUUGGCUAAUAUAGAAUUAUGGACUAAUAAAGGAAAUUUUAAUAUGCGUACUCAGCGUCAGUUGCUUGAAGCAAAAUAUGAAAGUGCAAUAAAAACUUAUCCUUCAGUUAUUAUAACAGACAAUGGUUUAGCUAUUGACACAGCAAUUGCGAAUAUAAUACCAAAUAUAUACUAUAUAUUUUAUAUUGGACAGAAUUUGUUAAAGAAUCUAAAAUCUAAAUUGGGUUCAGAUUUUAAUAACUUCUCUAAUGCUUGGUAUAAAAUGAGGAAUACAUUGUCAUUAUCUGAAUUUGACUGUCUUUGGGACUCUUUUUUUAAACAAUAUCCUAGUACUAUACUAUAUCUUAGUAGAGUAUUUGGAUCUCAAAAAGAAAGAUGUGCACUUUCCUAUACUUCACGUAUUUUUACUGCAGGGGCUCAGUUUACUCAAAGAGUAGAGAGUCAAAAUGCAAUCAUUAAAAGUACAAUUAAUAGUAAUACUUCGAUUCUGGAACUUGUUAAAAAGAUCGAUAUACAAUUUAAUCAUAAUAUACAAGAUCGUGAAUCUGAUGAUUUUAAUAAUUCCGAUAAUUCUAAUGAUUCUGAUGAUUCUAAUGAUUCUAGCAAUUCUAAUGAUCCUGGUGAUUCUAAUGAUCCUG